AGUCGACCAUUGUUAAACUAUAACCCUCGACAUUCAGGAACGAUUUCUCUUUCGUUAAAAAGUGCCAUGUCUGAUUUAACUAAAGAUUUACUAAUGCAAUAUUAUGGACUUGGUGCAGAAUCAAGUAACAAAAAGUUUCUGUCGAUACAUCGCUGCAUCGAAAACAUGAAGAAUGAAGAGGAGAACCAGGUUACCGAGGAAUCUGCCUUAGCCACUAACGAAGAAAAUGCAGCUGAUGAAGGGUCUCAGGGAGACAAUGAUGAAAAACGAAAACUUAGUAUUGCAAAUGAUUUAUAUCGACGACCCUUACGAGUUUUAGAUAACCUAGAGGAUGCAUAUGAUGGCGAUGAUAAUUUCGACUUGCGUGAUAUUGAUUUUGGACCAAAUAUCGCUUGCAAUAUUUUUGAAACUGCAUCAACUGAACAAUUGCAUGAGCAAUUACUCGAACAAUCGCUGAAUGAUGUUCCGUUGCAUUCUAUUAAAACAAAUAUUGAAGAACCAGAAGUAGAAACAAACGAUGCAACGAACACACAUAAAAGUGAAAUGAACCUGGCUCUCAUCAAGGAUAAUUCUUCAGAUAAUCUCUCAGAAGCUUCUUCUUCGACAAUAAGAGAAUCGCGAAGAUCAUCAAAAAGCAGUACAUGUUUGCCACCAUUAGUACGAAAAAAGGAACCCAUUUACAACGAAAUGUUUGUAGAUUUUUCGAAUACAGACUUGAAACAAUUUCCCAGUGAAAUACUGAGCAUCUUUCCACGAUUAAGGAUGCUAUACUUGUCAAACAAUCGUUUGAUUGAAAUUCCUGACGAAAUCUUUAGUGGCUUGAAAUAUUUAGAAUGGUUAGAUGUCAGGUAUAAUCAGCUUUCUUCUUUACCAACCACUGUCAAGUGGCAUUCGUGCUUAGAAACGAUUUUGCUUCAAGGAAAUAAAUUGGAAAAUUUACCAUUAGAGCUUUGCACCCUGCCAAAUCUGAAAACUCUCCAAGUGACGCAGAAUCCACUUAUUACGCCACCAAAAGAUGUCGUAACUUCUGGUUGCGCGGAAAUUUUGGAAUUUUUGCGUAUCGAGUGGAAUAAAGCACAUCCUGAAGAACAAGUAGAACCCAAAGACAAUAGAAUUGAACCAAAACUAUCGACAAUUUUAUGUUACCAAUCACCACGAAAAGAUAAGAAAAAAAUGCUACCAUUGAAGAACACUAUUUACAACAGAAAUAUAUCUAAACGAGAAAGACGUAAAUCGUAUAAGCCCAGUAACAGAUGUGAAAGUACAGGAGCAAAUGUUAUGGCGGAACAUCGUUUGUUAUGGUUCUCCAAACUAAAAGAAUUAUUUACUAAACAAACAGCAGUGCUUCAAAAAAUAAAGGAUGAAAAGGUUUUAAAAGAGUGGAGACGGGAUAAAAGAAGUUACAGUAAAGCCAUGGAAAAGGCAAUAAAAAGAAACGAAGAUGACAUUCCGUUUGGUUUCAAUGUUGAAGAUUAUACUUCUAUAUUCAAACAAAAUUCUAAACUGAAAAAUUUGGGAUCAAAAGUAAAAAACAAGAAAAGAUUUAUACCCCCGACAGAUAUUAACAAAAAGAUUAACGAACUGUUAGAAUCCUUAAAUAAACUUGAAAUAAAUACUACAGACGAAAUAACUCCUAGAUCCAAACAGAAUCUGUAUAGGAAUGAAAUAGAAAAGAUAUUACAAUUCCAAAGUGAAAUUCAGAAUUUGCAAAAAUACAAUGACAUCGCAAUGGUACCAUCGAAAAAUUAAACAGACUGUAACGAUUCUAGUAAAAUUAUCGAUCACUGUCCGAUACAAUCGAUGUCGAUUUCGACUACACCAGGAGUAUCAGUCUUGACAUGUUUAUUUAAA